CUCCAACGCUUCUUACGGCCGUUAGCAUUUGCAAAUCUUGCCAAUUGGACGGCAUUGACAGCACAAUGCAGUGUGAACGCACCAGGAUUGAUGAAAAGUCGAUGUUGGUGUUGGGGAGGGUUCACAGUGACGUUCCACGGCUUCGGAUUCCUCGCGUUCAGUUUCUCGCGCUGUCACGUGGUUUGGCGUCACCUCUCUUCAUCAAGUGGAAAGGAGAAGUAUAAAGCAGGUUCCUUUCUUCAGCGGUAGACAGCAUCUCCAUAUCCUUCAUCGAUUUGCUUGAUUGCACCAAUUGAGCUAGUCUGAUCCAUUCUCACACUGUUUCCCGAGGUCCCACUCUUCAUCCACCAUGACCACCACCCUCCCCGAUCCGUCCUUCCUCCGCUGGCCCUCCAACUCCUCUGAACAAUACAUCACCGCGCGUCGUACCCUCCUCGAGGCUGAAUAUGCCCUCAUCCAACAAAUCGAAGCUGUCGCCCAGCAGCGCCGCGCUCUCCCUCCAGGUCCUGUCCUGCCUACCUACGUCUUCGAAGAAGGAUGCUUGAAUCUCAAUUCCGACGCUCCACCCAAGCAAGUCACGCUUGCAGACGUCGCCAAAGAGGAAGCUAAGAAGCCACUCGUCGUGUACCACAUGAUGAUGGGGGAGCAGGAAGAGAAGGCUUGUUCUGGCUGCUCCAUGUUCCUCGAUAGCUUGAACGGUGUUGCUACGCAACUCUCGCAGCGCAUCAACCUGAUCGUCGUGGCAAAGGCGCCCCUUUCAGCGAUCCGUGCGUAUGCUCUCCGCCGCCAAUGGCAUAAUCUGCGCUUCCUGUCCUCCUCGUCCAACAGCUUCAACAAGGACAUGGGAAUGGAGGCACCUGCGUGGAUGCCGGAGAUGAAGCAGGCCCCAGGUUUCAGCGUCUUCCUGUAUGAGGAAGGUGGUGAGGGGGAGGAGGGAAAGCUGAGGUUUUGGUAUCAGCAAAGUCCGAUUUUUGGGCGGAAGGGUGGGGAGACGGGGAAUGGGCCACAGGGGGAUAUGGUGGUCAGAGGCAUGGAUUUGUUGACGCCGGUUUGGAAUAUCUUGGAUAUCACGCCCGAGGGUAGGGGCGAGAAGGAUCUGGAGUAUGAUGGGAAGUAGGAGGGCGUGGAGGCUGCGGUGGGUUGCACAUUGUUGGAGGUGAAGUUGCUUCCACUCAUCGUUCGUUGCUACAUUUUUUGUUCUUGGUUCUUUAUCGCUCCUUUGAAUCAGAAGCCUCAAUCUUUUCGAUGUUGAAAACCCACCUCCUUGCUAGCUGGUCGCACGUCUCCCGGAAGACUCUGACCCUUCCCGUACUCGAAACACCACCUCGCUAGAUUCCAGAUUCUGGAUUCCGAAGUGUGGACUCAUAAAGAUACU